AAGUCAAAAUUGUUGUUCAGUUGUGUACUGUGGUCAUUAUCGUAGUUAUUUUGUUCCUUUUAAUAAUCGUCUUUAUUAUUUUACCACCUUUGUGCAAACUUCGUAAGGCUAUAUUCUACUUAAUUUAUCAACAUUAUGAAUAUGCUGUCAUUUCUUACCAAAAAUCGGAACGAUAUUAUUUAUUUAUCACUGCUCCUAUUUAGUGUAGGGAUAGGGCCUCGAUACCGGGCCCUGAAGACAGUUCAGGCAAAGAAAUGGGUUGGUACCAUAGUGGGCCUUGUGCUCAUAUUAAUAGUUUCGGGAUACAGCGCUAUCCAUCCUAUUUUGUCUGCUGUUUUGGGAAUAGUCGCCAUAAAAGUGGCCACAGUGAGGUACUGCCACAUAGUGGCUUUCUUCUUAAUGUUUGGCUAUCUAUUCUUUUUUCGACUGGCUGACAAGUUUGGCCUUCCACUUUCAUCAGGACAAACCAAUCUUAUUGAAAUGAUCAUAGUUCUUCGAGUGGUGGGGGUGGCUUUUGAAAUGAAUGGCUCCUGGCUGGCUGUGGGCAAAGCUAAGAAGGAUGAGAAUAAAGAGCAGAAAGAAGUAAAAACAAAAGAUGAUGAUUUUCUUGAAAUUAUAAAUCCUAGUACUGAAGACUUGUUUCAUUAUUCAUUCAACUAUAUUGGACUGCUGACAGGUCCAUACUACAGAUACCGGACAUUUGACGACUACUUCCAUCUGCCGUACAGCAAGUAUGUUGACUGUUUUGGUUUCACCAUCAACACACUAAGAAUGGUUCCACUGUAUAUUUCACUGUAUUUGGCUUUUUCUAACAUUUGGCCCUUAGAGUAUGUACUGUCAGAGGACCACAACAAUAGGAACUUCUUGUACCGUAUGCUGUACCCCUGGGCUUUAUUCGCGGCGUUCCGCCAACGCAUAUACUCUGGAAUGACGUUAGCUGAGAGUGUGUGCACAUCAGCAGGACUCGGCGCGUACCCUGUUCAGGGUAGAAACAGGACAGGACAUGGACCCACUGUGGGAUAUUUGAAGUUGAAACAAAUGUCAGAAGAAGAAGCAAAGACUACUCAAUAUGAUUUUAACACAGUGGAGUCCAUGGAAGUAUGGGGUUGCGAGACUGUUGUCACUUUACGUGACUCUAUGAAGGUCUGGAAUAAGGCUGUUCAGUACUGGGUUGCUAUGGUAGUCUACAAAAGAUUCCCCAUAAAGCCUUUGAAGAUUCAUGCGGCGCUAUUUGUGUCAGUGAUCUGGCACGGUUUCCACGCUGGUUAUUUCUUCUGUAUAUACUUCUGUCCAUUCUAUUUGAUGGCUGAAGAUAUUUACUACAAGCUUUAUUACAAGGAUGCCACAGGACAGAAAAAGAAGAUCAUUGGCUUCAUUAUGUGGUUCCUGCGAUCUCAUUCCGAAUCUUACCAAGCUGCUGCAUUCCUUCUACUUACAUUCGAUCGCAUUUGGAUCUACUAUUCGUCAGUCUACCACUAUUGGUACGGCGUAUGGCUAGCUUUCCUCAUACUGGGCUUAGUUUUAAAUCAGCUACACAGAAGUAAGAGACCCAGUAAACUAAAAACCGAUGGAGACGAAAACAAAGAAGAAAUUGUAAGCAAUUAAUUACGUAGUAAUCUCAGAUCAUGGUUAGCUCAAUUCGGAUUUAAGUGUUAUAUUAUUUUAGAAAUAGAUUUUUUUAUUUAUUGUAGACAAAGAUAACAAGAAAUGUACAAGAGAUGUAUAUUUUUAGGAACAAAUCCCGAUUUGCAUUUUGAGAUUAACAGAGUAAUCUAUGUAUAACCGAUUUUUAAAUGCAGUGCACUUAAUUAUUACGUAGAACUGUACGUAUUUAGCCGAAAUAUUUUUUAUCGGUGUUGUCACGCUCGUUAAAAUACCUAACUAGAUUUAUAUUUUUCUAUUUGGGGGUUUCAAUAUUAUACAAUAUUGAACGUUACUUUUAGCAAAAUGGGGCUAUAUGUUAAUAGAAUUUAUUAGUUAUUUAAAAGUGCUUGGUGUUAUUUAUAUCAAAAUUGUUAAUAUAACAAAUACAUUGGUGAUUGUUUUCAUUGUAUAAUUAAACGUGUAACAUUGCAAUUGCUGCAAUAAAACUCAUUCCCAGUUAAAAGGUCUUGUGUAUGUUAUCAAGAAAUAUUCGUAAUCGUGUUUGAUUCAUAAUAAAAACACGUUAAUGACUAAUGUAGAAUCAAGACAUUCGUCACGCGAUAUUGUUUUAAUGAUGUAUUUAUUCAUUCCAUUAUUUGACGAACCAUAAAUGUAUGUAUACCUACUAUGAAUGCUUGUGGUGAUACUAACGUACGGACUGCUUUCCGUUCCUUCUGAAAUUCUUUUAUGUUUUUAUAUUAUAAAUAUUGUGUGCAUUUCUCUUCAUCGUCACUGCCGAAAGUCGUCCAUUACUGACAAACGACGAUUGGCCAUACCGCGCUGGACCGCCUGCUUGUUGGCGAGCUUUUUUUUUCCAACAAGAUUUUGAUCAUCCCGGUCAUAACUUGUUUCUGAAAGUUAUCCGCCAGUGUUAUAUUCGAGUAGUGUAUAGCGCUACUCAUUUUCGCGAUUCCAUUUUCGCAUUUACCUAUAUUGCGUCAAGCAAUCAAAGUCCAGGCCAGGGUUGUAAAUGGAGUACCAAAUAAAUGUUGCUCUAUUUAUAAAAUGACCAACAGUUUCUUCCAAAAAUCCAGUACUUAGGCUUUAAAUGACUUUUUUACGUAGCUCUCUAAUAAUGAGGAUGAGAAAAGAGUAAAAUGGUAGGUAUCUACUUCAACAGCAUUUUAAUCAACAUACAUAUAUUAAUAUUUUUGUAUCCAUUACAUAAAUAAAUACAUCAUCAUGGAAAAAUACAUAGUUGUGUUUUAUAACAAUUUCUAACAUUUUAAUUUAAUAAGAAUUAUAAAUGUAUGCAAUUAUUACUGUUGUGCAAUUGAAGACAUUGAAUGACUGAAUAAAUAGUGAUUUUUCGUAAA